AUGGAUGCCGAGGGGUUUAGAUCCCAAUUUCCAUCCCCGAGAGUCCUAGAAGAUCCACUCUCAAUGCUCUUUGAUUAUGGAAAGCCGCUUCAAGAAGUCCAGAAUCAACAUCAAACGACAACUCAGAGCCGCGAGUCUAGAGGUGGUAUUAGGGUCUCGUUAGCAUGUGUACCGUGUCGAAGUCGUCACGUAAAAUGCGGAGCAGAAAUGCCUUCAUGCAGUCGUUGUCAGCAAGACGACAAGCCGUGCUUCUAUGCAAAGUCAAGAAGAGGCAUGAGAGAUAAGAAUGCUACCAGAAUAAAAAAUUCGGCAAAAGAGCAUCUUAAAGAUCGGUAUAUGGUAAAAGAUCAAGCAGGAUAUUCUACUUCAGUAGGGGGUCAUGCUGGGAACUCAUCUAGUGAAUCGUGGACUGGAGCAGUUUCUGAUGCAUCACCGAGCCCUAGUAGCUCUUCAUCCAGAUUGAACAGUGUUAAGCCCACGGACUCAGAAAGGCUGAUUGAUCUUUAUUACAAUUUCUUUCAUAAAUCCCAUCCAUAUAUUAUGCCAAAAUCUCAUUUUUUGAGUAGGCUAGAAUCCGACCCAGACUCUUUGAAUAACCUCAUGUCAGCAAUGCGAUAUAUCGGAUCGCUAUAUGCACCUGAUUUGCCAUCAUCAGAGUUGAGGGCUAUAGCUGUCAGCCAAUUAGAUCUAGCCAAUUUACCACAAAAUGGCUUUAGCGUUCAAACUCUACUUCUACUUGCCAUUGCUGUCCAUGCCGAAGACGAAAGACAACAAGCACGUGCUAUUUUGGAUAGAAAUAUAUGCAUGGCGUUAAAGCUCGGUAUGAAUCAUCGAGCUUUUGCUGCAAUGGAAAGAGACCCAGUAUUGGCUGAGAGCUGGAGGAGGACCUUUUGGGGACUGUACGUUCUUGAUGGAGUGUUUUCUGGCAUUGCUUGUGCAUCCAGUUUUAUCUUAUCCGCAAUUGGCACACACGUAGAUCUGCCCUGCGAGGACUACGAAUAUGAGAGCGGACGUAUUCCUCGACCUCGCACUCUCUCAGAUUAUGACUCCCGUGAUUUUGAAGACGAGAUCCCAGUCUUCUCAUCUUUUACAUACCUCAUUGACCUCGUUCGAAUCAUUGGUACAAUUCUUAGCAUCAAUGAUAUCACAGGCAAAAAUCUAGAGCCUGCUGUUACAAAUGCCGAUACUAUGCUUGUGAAUUGGAAGCUCCAUUUACCGGUGGAGAAACAAGGGGUAGUGGAUAAGUAUGAGGAAGUCGAUGAGUUGUUGUUUCAAGCACAAAAUUUACUGCAGACACUUCUAGUAGUUAUCCACCGUCCACUAUCUUGUCUCUACCACUCGCCGCUCGAGAAAAUCUCCCGUUGCGCACCACCACCACCUACCUCUCCACCAACCGGCAAUGAAAAUCUCACCCGCUGGCUCCACACGAAGAAAACCAUCGAGGCAGCCCAAACAGCCAUGAAUCUCUAUGCACUCCCUAGUCCAAUAUUAUCGCACACACCUCUCGGUAUUUGUGGGAUUACAAAAGCAACACUUGCAAAUCUUAGUGCUUGUGCUUAUGUGUAUAAUAAUAGAGAUGACAGAGAAAGAGGAGGGAAUUUUGAAAGGUCGAGUGAGUGGAAGAUGGCUAGGGAUAGGAUUAGAUUGGGAUUGGGCGCUACGAAGGUAUUGGCGGGAGUUUGGGAGGGUGCGAGAGGCACAGAGAGAGAAUUAAAGGCUAUCGCUAGAGGGGUUUUUGCGAAUGGCGCGGGGAGAGAAGGGAGUAAACGGGUGGUACCGGGGAUAGGUGGAGUGAGAGAGGAAGGGGGUAUGGGAGGAUAUGUGGGGAUGGGGGCGGGAAUGGAGUUUGAUGGGGAUGGUCGAGGAAAUGGAAAUGCAUUGAUUGACAGUUUCGAGGAGAAUUAUAUAGCGGGUGAGUUAGAUUAUUUGGGGAUUCUAAAUGGUUUAGCUGUAGGGACGAAUGUUGGGAUGGUGGGGAGUGGUGGAGCUUCGAAUGGUUGUUGA